CACACUGAGAGACAGACGACAGGAUACAAAGCUCACAACUUCCACUGAGAGAGAAGAAAUAAGGAGUAAGGGGAUUACUGGGAAUACUGGAAUACUGCUAUUUCCACAGAUUGCUGCACAUCUCUGACAGAGACAUUUCAAAGAUUUAGGGAACUUUCUAGAGGAUCAGCUGGCUGAUUUCCUGUCUGAAGAACCUGCUGAGUUUUCAGCCUCGCUCAGAAAUGGCUGCUCAGGUUUGUCAAGCAGAGAUGGAUUUCUUUUGUCCAAUCUGUUACAACGUCUUCACAGAUCCGGUCGUGUUGUCAUGUAGCCACAGCUUCUGUAAAGACUGUCUGCAGAGAUGGUGGGCAGAAAAACUGAUUCAUCAAUGUCCAGUUUGUAAAAGAAGAUCUUCAAGAAGUGACCCACCCUGUAACUUGGCAUUAAAGAACCUGUGUGAAGCCUUCUUACUUUCACAACUUUCUCUAGAAGAGAAAGCUUCUGCAAAGUCUGAGGCUCUCUGCAGUCUGCACUCAGAGAAACUAAGGCUGUUCUGUCUGGACCAUCAGCAGCCGGUGUGUCUCGUCUGUCGAGAUUCAAGAACACACACCAACCACAGAUUCAGUCCCAUCGAUGAAGCUGCAGAGGAUUACAAGAAGGUCCUCAUGAAAUCCCUGAAGCCCUUACAGGAGAAACUGGAGACCUUUAAUCAAACUAAAGUGAACUGGGAUCAAACAGCAGAACACAUUAAGGAGCAGACUCUACACACUGAGAUGCAGAUUAAGGAUGAGUUUAAGAAGCUUCACCAGUUUCUAGAAGAAGAAGAGAAGGCCAGGAUCACUGCACUGAGGAAGGAAGAGGAACAGAAGAGUUCCAUGUUGAAGCAGAGGAUCGUAGCUCUGAACAGAGAGAUAGCAGCUCUUUCAGACACUGUCAGGGCCACAGAGACAGAGCUGAGAGCUGGAAGUGUCUCAUUCCUGCAGAACUACAAGGCUGCAGUGAAAAGAGUCCAGCAGCGCCCCCUGCUGGAUGAUCCACAGCUGCCCUCAGGAGCUCUGAUAGAUGUGGUAAAACACCUGGGCAACCUGACCUUCAACAUCUGGAACAAAAUGAAGGAGAUGGUUACAUAUUCUCCGGUGAUUCUGGAUCCAAACACUGCAGAAUCCCACCUCUUUGUUUCUGAAUAUCUGAAAAGUGUGAGAUUCCAACAGAGAGAGAGACAGCUUCCAAAAAACCCAGAAAGAUUUGACUACUACCCCACAGUCCUGGGAUCUGAGGGCUUUGACUCUGGGACUCACAGCUGGGACGUUGAAGUUAUUAAUCAGGCAGACUGGGGAGUGGGUGUGAUUAAAGAAUCUGUCCCAUGGAAGGGAGAGAUUCUGACUGGAUACUGGGGAAUAUGGUUCUGCGAUGGUCAAUACAAAGCAUACUCUCCAUCGUUGACAGAUAAAAAUCUCUCUGUGAAGAAACCACUCCAGAGGAUCAGAGUUCAUCUGGACUGGAACAGAGGAAAGCUGUCAUUCACUGAUCUGGAUACUAACACAAACCUUUACACCUUCUCACACACUUUCACUGAGAGGCUGUUUCCAUACAUCAACACUAAAAAUACAGUGCCAAUAAGGAUAUCAGCAGUGAAAGUCACUGCACAGGUAGAGAUGUAGGCUGAUGAUGGUGACAUGUUUCAGACUAACACACUUAACCGACAUGUAUGAAGGCACUGGAGGUGUACAUGUAGAGAUGUGUAAAGAAUAGCCAUGUUUCAUAUUGCAUACAAUCACUAAAUGUUGGGCAUUUUGUGAUGGAAGUUAUUUUGAGUUUGCAUGUUAUAGGACAAAAUCCAUGUAUAAACAUGUAAAACAAAAAUUAAAUUAGGAACAAAUGAGGAACAAAUGAGGAGCUAACUGCUAGUGAAGCAUUAGUUAAUGAGUUACUUCUAAUCAAACUGUAUCCAGUGAUUUACUGGACUUUACCACUAGUUUACUACUUACUUUACUAGUUACUGGAGAAAUCAGAAGAAAGAAUUUAUAACUGAUAAAUUGUUAUUAAGUGCUUCAUUGGUUACGAUAUAAUAGGAAAUGAAGAGAUUCUAUAUUAAUAAAUCAUAAGAUAAUGACUAGUUCAUGAAUAUCUUUCAAUCAUUCAGUCAAAGCUAUUUAUUCUCUCACCUGUUUUUUACAUGUUGAUUCAUUGUUUAUGUUUUAUUGUUGGCUUCUUUAUAUUUUUUAGGUUUUCUUUUCUUGUUUUUACAUUUUGCUCUUACUUUGUGACCUUGCUCAUGUUCAGUGCACCAAAGUGUAGCCCUGUCAUAUUUCAAAUAGAAUAACAAUUUCUAAUAUUUCUGUAUGAUUUUCUUCCUGAUGAAUAUUACUCUGUAUUUGUAAAAAUAAAUAAAUAAAGUCACUAGCCUCAGA